CACCGCCACUUGCUCGGCACCGAACAGCUUAAGCUGUGGAUGAGGGAGAUAAGGCUUGUUACAGAAUAUAAAAACCGUAUCGAUAGAUUAUUAACAGAGACACAAAAAGCCCGUGAAGCAGAUAAGGGGAGAUACAAAGAUGUGUUAGAAAGUUGUGGAGCAAUGAAGCAACAUAUAGCAAUAUGCCAGAGUCAGUUUGAAGAUCUACAAAGUGAAUGCAAAAAAGUAAAGGAGGAUUAUGACAAAUUGAAGAUAGAUGCAGAAAAGAUCAAAACAUCUUGAUGUUUUGGUGGUUUUCUAUUCGUCAUGUGAAUAUAAUAAUUCAAAUUCACAUGCACCGCACAUGCACAUGCACCGAUAAAUCGGAUGUCACUAUUAUACACUUAUUUCUACAGAUAUAAUAAGAAUUCAAUGAAUGUUUUGGCUGUGAGAACACA